AUGUCCCUCGUUGCCUCGCUCGUCCGACUCGCGCCCACCGUGGCUCACCCCGUCCCCGGUGUGCCCAGCGAAGUUAACAAGCUCAACCCCUACCUUCCCCUCCCCAAGGACACCCAGCUCCUUACCAACUCGACCUUCCUCCCGUCGCUCCCGAGCGCUUCCACCGGCGUCGUUCACGUUCUUGGCGCUGAGUCUGCUCAGGCUCCUCGCUCGCCCAAGGCUGUCUCGAUCAUCUCCCGCACUGCCCAGGAGGCUUAUGACCACGCCAUUAUCGCCCAGCGUCUCGCCAAGUCGAACGAUGUGAUUGUCUACCACUUUGUCGCUCCCGCCGCUCUGGAGGGCAAGGUCGAGGAGGUCGACGCCUCCAAGCUGCUUUCCUCAGCUCCUCUCGAGCUCGAGGGAGACUUCGCUGAGGCUCUCCCCAAGGCCUUUGACGCCGCCUCUCUCGAGGUCCUCAAGCUCACCCGCCGCGCUCAGCCCGUUCUCUCCGGCUCUGCUGAGGGUGACCGCGCCGUUCUCAACUUCCUUCCCACUUCGCUCAAGUCUAAGGGCGUCGUUGACAUCGUCCUCGCUUCCCCUCUCAACAGCCAGAAAAUUGCGGGCGUCAAGGCCAAGGAGGUCGUUGUUGUAGAGGGUGGUAACGGCAAGUACGGCUCUGCUUGGGCUGCCGUCGUCGACGCUCUCGACGGACAGGAGGCUACUAUCCGCUCUGUCCUUGUCGCUUCCCCCAAGGCUAUCAGCCAGCUCGAUGCUGCCAUCGCCUCCAGCGCUCCUGUUUCGCGCAUUGGAUCCCCCUCGGCUAUCCCCGAGAUUCCCUCCAGCUCGAUCACCGUUCCCUCCGCCGAGUCGACCUACACCUCGCUCCUGGAGGCUACUCCCCACCCCCUCGAGAUCCUGAACGACCCCGCUCAUCUGUCGGCUAACGAGUCGACCUCCCCCCUCUACGCCUUCGGUAAGGCUGUCGCUAUCCGCACUGAGCGUGAGCGCCUUGUUGAGCUUGUCAAGAAGGUCCUGAAGAACCCCGACACCCGCAAGGAGGUCCACACCGCCCUUGCUGACUGGCUCCUCGUCAAGGACGACAAGAAGAGCGCCGAGGCUGGCGAGAAGGCCGCCCAGGCCCUCGGCCAGGGUGCCAACGAGGACGAGACUGAGCUCGUUGCUCUCGGCAAGAAGGGUCACUGGACCAAGACUGCCCUCUGGAUCGUCAUCUCCAACUCGUGGGCUGCUGACCUCGCUUCGUCUGGCCUCCACCACGCCCUCGUCUCUGGCCUCGACAUCAACCUCCUCGUCUACGAGACCCAGCCCUCGCCCUUCUCGCCCCUCGCCGAGAAGCAGCGCGAGCGCAAGAAGGACCUCGCCCUCUACGCCCUCAACCUGGGAGACGUCUACGUCUCGUCGGUCGCUGUGUUCGCCGACUACGCCAACGUCAUCAACGCCAUGCGCGAGGCUGAGGCCUAUAGCGGCCCUUCGCUCGUCCUCGCCUACCUCCCCUGGGGUGAGAAGGAGGACGGUGCCACCAUUGGCACCAACGACAAGGUCGGCCCUCUUGAGCGCCUCCGCGAGACUAAGCGUGCUGUCUCUGGCGGCUGGUGGCCCCUCUUCCGCUGGAAUCCUACCGCGGCCGACGAGAAGCGCUUCACUCUCGACGCUCCCCACAUCAAGAACGCUCUUGCUGAGUUCCUCGACCGCCAGAGCCACCUCUCGCAGCUCACUCGCGCUGAGCCCGCGAUCGACCCCAAGGUUACCGGCUCGAAGGGCACUGACCUCGCCGCCGCCCGCAAGCAGAAGGCUCGCGAGGCUUACGACCGUCUCCUGAACGCCCUCGACGGCCCUGGCCUCCUCGUCCUCUUCGCCUCUGACGGUGGCAACGCUGAGAAGACCGCUAAGCAGCUCGUCUCUCGCGCCAAGAUGCGUGGUGUUUCUGCCUCGCUUCGUGUCCUUGACUCCAUCGCCGAGGACAUCAUUGGCAACCUCGCCGAGGAGGCCAACGUUGUCAUCGUCACCUCGACCGCCGGUCAGGGCGAGUCGCCCCUGAAUGGCCGUGAGUUCCACAAGGCUCUCGCCAAGGUCGACGCUGCCGAGGUCAAGUCCAAGCUCGCCGACACCAAGAUCUCGGUCUUCGCCAUGGGUGACUCCAAGUACUGGCCCCGCAAGGAGGACUACAUCUACUACAACAAGCCCGGAAAGGACCUCUUUGCCAAGCUCACCGGCCUUGGCGUCACUGAGCUCAUUCCCCUCGGUCUCGGUGACGACUCUGACGCCGACGGAUGGAAGACGGGCUACAAGCCUUGGGAGGCUGAACUCUGGAAGGCCCUUGGCGUCGACUCGGUCGACGUUAUCGAGGAGGCCGAGGAGGUCGUUGCCAACGAGCACAUCAAGAUUGCCUCGAACUACCUCCGUGGUACCAUUCUCGAGGGUCUCGCCGACAAGAGCACUGGUGCCAUCGGUGCCUCGGACCAGCAGCUCACCAAGUUCCACGGUACCUACAUGCAGGACGACCGUGACAUCCGCGAGUCGCUCGCCGCCCAGGGCCUCGAGCCUGCCUACUCGUUCAUGAUCCGUGUCCGUAUGCCCGGUGGUGUCUGUACCCCCGAGCAGUGGCUCCACAUGGACCGCAUCGCCGACGAGCACGGCAACAGCACCUUCAAGCUCACGACCCGUCAGACCUUCCAGUUCCACGGUGUCGUCAAGGCUCACCUCAAGCCCGCCAUGCAGGCCAUCAACCGCUCGCUGCUUGACACCAUUGCUGCCUGUGGUGACGUCAACCGUAACGUUCUCUGCUCCUUCAACCCGAACAUCUCCAACGUUCACCAGGACGCUUACCAGUUCGCCACCGACAUCUCUGAGCACCUCCUGCCCAAGACCACCGCCUACCACGAGAUCUGGCUCGACAAGAAGCCCGUCUUCACUGGCGCUGUCCAGGACAUGGAGCCCCUCUAUGGCCCUUACUACCUUCCCCGAAAGUUCAAGAUCGCCGUCGCCGUUCCCCCUGACAACGCCGUCGACGUCUUCACCAACGACCUCGGCUUCAUCGCCAUCGUUGAGAACGACAAGAUCAUCGGUUACAACGUCUCCGUCGGUGGAGGUAUGGGUGUCACCCACUCCAACAAGAAGACGUACCCUCGUCUUGCUGACGUUCUUGGUUUCGUCACUCCUGAGGACGGUGUUCUCGCUGCUGAGGCUGUCAUGCUCACCCAGCGUGACUUCGGUAACCGUCAGGACCGUAAGAACGCUCGUCUCAAGUACACUGUCGACCGCCUCGGUGUCCCCACCUUCAAGGCUGAGGUUGAGAAGCGCAUGAAGAAGCCCUUCCAGCCCGCCAAGCCGUACACCUUUGACUCGAACCUCGACCAGUUCGGCUGGGAGAAGGGACAGGACGGCAAGAACCACUUCACGCUGUUCAUCGAGAACGGUCGUGUCGAGAACACUGCCCAGCACCAGUUCAAGGACGGUCUCCGCGAGAUUGCCCAGGUCCACAAGGGCAUGUUCCGCCUGACUGCCAACCAGCACGUCAUCCUCUGCGACGUCGACGACGCCGACCUGCCCAACAUCAAGCGUCUCCUUGCCAAGUGGGGUCUCGACAACAUCAACCACUCUGGUCUCCGUCUCUCGUCCUCGGCCUGUGUCGCCUUCCCGACCUGUGGUCUUGCCAUGGCCGAGUCGGAGCGCUACCUCCCCGUCCUCAUCGACAAGGUCGAGAAGAUCUGCGAGGAGGCCGGCGUCGGCCACGACGCGCUCGUCAUGCGCAUGUCCGGAUGCCCGAACGGAUGCUCGCGUCCGUGGGCCGCCGAGGUCGCCUUUGUCGGCAAGGCGCCCGGCUCGUACAUGAUGCUUCUCGGUGGAGGGUACAACGGAGAGCGCCUGAACAAGCCGUUCAAGGAGAGCGUGACCGAGCCCGAGAUCCUGGAGAUCAUGGGCGACCUCAUCCGACGAUGGGCCAAGGAGCGCAACGACGGCGAGCGCUUCGGCGACUGGACCGUCCGCGCCGGCAUCAUUGCGCCGACCAAGAGCGGCAAGACGUUCUACGAGAACUCGUGUAUUGCGUAA